GCCCGGACGGCUGCGGUCCGGAGGGCCGUCAACAAAGUGGUGUAGGAGGACGCCAGUUACUGCACGGAAAGCAGCGUCAGGAGCCAUAGUACCUACAGCAGCACUCCAGAGUCUCACUCUGUCGCCCAGGCUGGAGUACAGUGGCAUGACCUUGGCUCACUGCAACCUCUUCCUCGGUUCAAAUGGCCAGGCUGGUCUUGAACUUCUGACCUCAAGUGAUCCACCCGCCUCGGCCUCCCAAAGUGCUGGGAUUACAGGUGUGAGCCGCAGCACCUGGCAGAAAAUAAUUCAGGCAUUAGAAUGAAUCCUUAAUGAGAUAGAUUGGUUAGGCUGGGAUGUGGUGAGUGGGAGAAAAGGAGUCAAGGAUGAACUGACUUCUAAAUCUCCUGUUUGAAAUGCUUGUUCCCCGGUGCCGUGAAGAAACAGCACUUGAACAUAAAUUUAGUUUACUUAGUAAGGCCAUUUUUACUUCCUGCAGAAAGGGUACACUCACCGGCAGUUUUGCCAUGAGAGUACACCCAACAAAGGAGAUAGGGUCAUUUAUAACCUGACGCAUCUACCUUACUGCUGUUUCCGGUUUCCUUUGGCUGGAACGGGACCUCACAUUCUGUAUUUGUCCCGAUUGGUUAAUAACUUAGAACUUUUUAAAAGAGGCAAAGUUAGAGGGGAACAAAGGAAGGAGGAAGUAACUUGUGGAAUGUUGAGAAAGGUAAAAACACUUUUAAAUAAGGAAGAGGAACAGGCUAUGACCUAAUGCUUGCUUGGACCAGUCUAAGCGUGCCAGGGCAAAUAUUUAGGUUAAAUUGUGGGAGCUAAGAACAUAAAGUACAUUGAUUUCUUUAUUAUGGCUAGCAGAUAUUUAAGAAUGUUAGCACAGGUCUUUGAAUAAAUUUUGCUUCUAAGAGAAGUUACUAUUUGUUCUUAAUUAGAGAGGAAAGUCUUGAAGAGGAACCUCUACUUUACUUUUUACAUCCCCCUUAUUUCUCUUUUCCUUGUUCACUCCUUCUUCUCUUCAUCUCAAAUUGAUCUAGUAAUACUUAUUUCUUUGUAGUUCUCACAGACCCAACUCCUAGUCACCCAUCCAUCACCUUCUCCAGCCUGCCUUCUCUGAUCACCAUUCCCUUUACCCCCAGGUGGGGCUGAGUUCCUUUGUUUCCCACCCCCCUUAACCUCCAGGACCUUGUGCAUUAAUUGUUUUAGCCAAAUAUUUGGGGAUUUUUUUUAGGUAUCUUUGAGUUACUGGUUUCUAAUUUAAUUUCAUUUUGUUCAGAGAGCAUACUUUGUAUGACUUUAAUUUUAUAAAACAUUUUUAGAGGUUUGUUUUGCACCCCAAAAUUUUGUCAGUCUAAGUGAAUAUUCCAUAUGUACGUGAAAAGAAUUUUGUAUUCUGCUCUUAUUGGGUGGAGUAUUGCAUAAAUAUCAAUUACGUCGUUUGUUGAUAGUGUUAUUAAGAUCUGUCUGACUUUCUACUUGUUUUGUUGAUUACUGAGGGAAGUGUUGAAGUCUACAGCUAUUGUGAAGGAUUUGUCUGUUUCUCCUUGAAGUUCUAGCAAUCUUCAUGUAUUUUGAGGCUCUGCAUCUAUGUAUUUUGAGGCUCCUUCCUAAAGUCCAUAAACCUUUAGGAAGGAUUGUUUUAUCCUCUUAAUUAUUUAACCCCUUUAUCUAUAUCUAUAUCUGUUAAGAGGUGGAACUGAAAUGGCCUUUUAAUGAUCUGGCCCUUCCUUCAUUACAACCUACUUUGGGCAGGGAAAGUCCCAUUCAGUCUCUGGAGUGCCUGGUUAAAUCUCUUGAACUCAGUAGGCAGCACAGGUAAUUGUGGAACUGAAUGUUGAGUCAAAUAAAGCCUGUGGGUUGUUUUCAUCCUCUGUACUGUCCAGUAUGGUAGCUACUAGCCACAUGUGGAGAGUUAAAUUAAUUAAAACUAAGUAGGCCAGGUGUGGUGGCUAACACCUGUAGUCUCAAUACGUUGGGAGGCUGAGGUGGGAAAUCACUUGAGGCAUCAGUUAAAGACCAGCGUGAGCAACAGGGUUUUGUAAAAACCCUGUCUUCACAAAAGAAUUAAAAUAGUUGGGCAUAGGAUGGCAUGCCUGUAGUUCUGCCUAUUUGGGAGGCUGAGGUGGGAGGAUUGCUUGAGCCCAGGAGUUUGAGGCUCUAGUCAGCUAUGGACUGUGCCACCACACUCCAGACUGGAUGACAGAGUGAGAACCCAUCUCUUAAAAAAAAAAAUUAAGUAAAAUGAAAACUUCAGUUUCUCCAGUGGCACUAGCUGUUAUACAUUCAUUUCAAGUGCUCUGUAGCCACGUGUAUUGCACCACACAAAUGUAGAGCAUUUGGGGCAUUUCAUAUCAUUGCAGAAAGUUCUGGACUCACUGUAGUCAGUCUGCCUCUGUUAGACCAGUGAGAAUUUACCUAACAUCUCCUUUUCUAGCCUUUUAUUUGCCCUAAAUCCUGCACAGCUUGGGUAGCCCCAGCGGUCUGGCUGAGUGAGGUCCUCCUUUGUGGAGACUCUGGGCCCAGCAUUAUUUGUGUAUGUGAUGGUGUUGCAUUUCUGCAAUAAGAUUUGGGGUCAUGUGUGAGAUGACUUUCCAUUAUUUGUUGUUCUUGGUGGUAGGGUGAAGAGGCAGUCAGUUAACACAUAAUUAGAAAAUCUGCCACAGUCCUGGUAAAAGUAAGCUAAGAGUCAUAUAUGUAGGCCGGAAGGGAAGGAAGGAUUAGGAUUCAGAGACUUUUGGUUGAGAAAUUAAAUUUGAUAACUCAGAGAAUUUCAGUGUUAUAAAAGUGUAAAUGUUGAUAUGCAAACUGAAUUGUGAGAUGUUAGUAUAUCCUAGUGUGUCUGGGUUCUCCUAUAUAAAAACUCUUACGCAGGAGUCACUGGCCAAAUUAUUUGUCUAUGGAACCCCCCUGAGAUUUGCUAAGAAAGUUAUGCUUAGACUCCUCUCUACUCAUGGAUAUGUUCUGUAAUUCCCACACUUGGGAAACGGCUUGGCCAUGUGAUUCAUACCAAAUGGCAACAUUCAAUAGGUGCAGUUUAUAUGUUUUACUAGAAAUAUGGCUUCUUGCUCGAUUUCACUAUGUUCAUAGUGCCUCUUUUGAGGUCUGUGUGUAUAUUCUAUUUAUGGAAGUUAAAAAGUAUUUCAGAAAUGCACAUAUUAAUCUGUGUGGAAUUUCUCUUAUCCUUUUUCCUUUCUAAUUCUUGCUUGGAUAUUUGUCUCAAGAGAUGGUCCAACAUUUAAAAUAGCGAAUAAUAUCUUAGCCCAUCCGAAAACAAUCCUUCCUAAAGGUUUAUGAACUUAAUAACAGAGCCUCAAAAUACAUGAGGACUCAUAGAACUCCAAGGAGAAACAGACACAUCCUUAACAAUAUUGUAGACUUCAACACUCUUCUCACAGUAAUCAAGAGAACAAGUAGAAAGAAAGUGCAGUUUUCCCUGUUUUUGUAGACAUCAAAACUAUUUCACACACUUCUGAAAGUCUCAUUCAGUAAGUUACUCAUUUCUCCACCUUAUGACUGUACUGUGCUUUCAAAGUGCUGCGCAAAGAAUAAAAAGUUUUAAAGUGGCUUUACUGUAAUUUCAGAUAAAUAUUUGAACUUUUGAGUCUGAAUUAUCCAGGUGAAAUGCAUUGGAUUUCUGAUCCUCUGUAACUUGGAAGAUUACCGUCUUCCAGGUAUAUUGGUUGUCCUUAACUGCCUUAAUGGCAUGAGUUGUGAAUCUUCUCUGUCUUGGAAGAAACCUAACAGUGGAAAUUAUGGCAAGGGUCACAAAUUUACUUGUGCAGAAGGUUAGGACCCUCUGUAAGGUAAAGGCAUGAAGUGCCCCCUUCUUUAUUAACACAUAACUGCAUUUGCUGAUAAUAUUUAUUUGCCUAGAAUUCAGGCCCUUUUUGCUUUUACAGACAGUGCUGUCUUAAAUGUGCUAGAGAUGUAUCUUUAGUCACUUAAGCUGGUGUUUCUGUAGGGUAGGUUCCUAGGAGUGGGAUUGGAUUGUUGGGUUACAAUGUGUGCUAUUUAAAAGACUGAACCAGAUUAUACUCUCAGCAUCUGUUUGUUUUUAAACCUUCCCUAGUCUGUGCUUAUGUGUUUUGUUUGCUUGUUUGUUUUUUGUUUGUUUGUUUUUUGAGAUGGAGUCUCCCUCUGUCACCCAGGCGGGAAUACAGUGGUGUGAUCUCGGCUCACUGCAACCUCCACCUCCCUGGUUCAAGCAGUUCUCCUGCCUCAGCCUUUCAGGCUGAAGUGCAAUGUUGCGAUCUCGGCUCACUGCAACCUCUGCCUCCCAGGUUCAAGCGAUUCUCCUGCUUUGGCCUCCUGAGUAGCUGAGAUUGCAGGUCAGUUGCUCUCCCUGGAAGGAAGAGUGUUCUCGGAUUUCACCUUAAAGGAGGAAGUCUGCCAGAACUGAACUAGCACUUCUGAAUAUCCUGAGGCGAGGUCCGUCGACUUCCUUGGGAAGCUCUGCCGCGCCCCCACCCCACCCUACCCCACCACAGCAGGCGCUGGAGUCCUGGGACCACCAGGGUCUGAGGCCCAAAUCCUUCCUCACUAAGGGGAGGAGAGGGGUGUUCCGGCAGGGCAGGAUGGGAAGGCGUGCUUGGGCGGGAUUGUGACAUAAGAGUGCCCUGGUGACAUGGAGCAGAUCUGUGGCAUAAAUAAAGGUGUCAUAAAGACAGGGCGGGGCUCACGCUUAUAAGGGGCAUGAGCGUCUCGGAGCUGCCAGAAUGACUUCCGCUCAGUGCCCGGCACUAGCGUGUGUCAUGUCCCGGCUGCGUUUCUGGGGCCCGUGGCCCCUCCUUAUGUGGCAACUAGUCAAGGAGGCUCAGCCUCUGGAGUGGGUCAAGGACCCGCUCCAGCUGACCUCUAACCCCCUGGGGCCAUCUGAGCCCUGGUCUUCCCACUCCUCCCAUUUCCCACAGGAAUCUCCCCAUGAGCCUACUCUCCUGGCAGACCCGUGGGACUUUGAUCACCUGGGGCCCUCUGCUUCCUCAGAGAUGCCAGCCCCACCCCAGGAAUCGACUGAAAAUUUGGUUCCAUUCCUGGACACCUGGGAUUCAGCUGGAGAGCUGCCCCUGGAGCCAGAGCAGUUCUUGGCUUCACAGCAGGAUUUAAAGGACAAGCUGAGUCCACAGGAAAGGCUCCCUGUUUCGCCCAAGAAGCUGAAGAAAGAUCCAGCUCGGCGUUGGAGCCUUGCUGAGAUUAUUGGAAUUAUACGCCAAUUAUCCACACCUCAGAGUCAGAAACAGAAUUUGCAGCAUGAAUAUUCCAGCACGGAUACACCGUAUCCGGGUAGCCUGCCUCCAGAACUCCGGGUGAAGUCAGAUGAGCCUCCAGGGCCCUCUGAGCAAGUUGGACCUUCUCAAUUCCAUCUAGAGCCUGAAACUGAAAAUCCAGAGACCCUUGAAGACAUCCAGUCCUCUUCACUCCAGCAAGAAGCCCCAGCACAGCUUCCACAGCUCCCUGAGGAGGAAGAACCUUCUUCAAUGCAGCAGGAGGCCCCAGCUCUGCCUCCAGAGUCCUCUAUGGAGAGUCUAACUCUACCGAAUCAUGAGGUGACCGUUCAACCUCCAGGUGAGGAUCAAGCUCAUUAUCACUCGCCCAACAUUACAGUUAAACCUGCAGAUGUGGAGGUUACCAUAACUUCAGAGCCUACCAAUGAGACAGAAUCUUCCCAAGCCCAGCAGGAGGCCCCAAUUCGGUUUCCAGAGGAGGUGGAACCUUCUGCAACCCAACAGGAGGCCCCAAUUGAGCCUCCAGUUCCUCCUAUGGAGCAUGAACUUUCCAUCAGUGAGCAGCAGCAGCCAGUUCAGCCUUCUGAGUCUUCUGGGGAGGUCGAAUCUUCUCCGACCCAGCAGGAGACCCCAGGUCAGCCUCCAGAACAUCAUGAAGUCACAGUUUCACCUCCAGGUCACCAUCAAACUCAUCAUUUAGAUUCACCCAAUGUCUCUGUGAAGCCUCCAGACGUGCAGCUCACCAUAGCAGCAGAGCCUAGUGCAGAGGUGGGAACUUCUCUAGUCCACCAGGAGGCUACAGCUCAGCUCUCAGGGUCAGGUAAUGAUGUAGAACCUCCCGCCAUCCAGCACGGGGGCCCACCUCUGCUUCCAGAGUCAUCGGAAGAAGCUGGACCUUUAGCAGUUCAACAGGAGGCUUCAUUUCAAUCUCCGGAACCUAUUAAUAAUGAGAACCCCUCUCCAACCCAGCAGGAGGCUGCAGCUGAGCAUCCACAGACCGCUGAGGAGGGUGAGUCUUCCCUAACCCAUCAGGAGGCCCCAGCUCAGACUCCAGAGUUCCCUAAUGUAGUUGUAGCUCAACCUCCAGAGCAUUCACACCUGACUCAAGCCACAGUUCAACCUUUGGAUCUGGGGUUUACCAUCACUCCAGAAUCCAUGACAGAGGUUGAACUUUCUCCAACCAUGAAGGAGACCCCAACUCAGCCUCCUAAGAAAGUUGUACCCCAACUUCGAGUAUAUCAAGGGGUAACAAAUCCAACACCAGGUCAGGAUCAAGCUCAGCAUCCAGUGUCACCCAGCGUUACAGUUCAACUUUUGGACCUGGGACUUACCAUCACUCCAGAACCCACUACGGAGGUUGGACAUUCUACACCCCCGAAGAGGACUAUAGUUUCUCCAAAGCAUCCUGAGGUGACACUUCCACAUCCAGACCAGGUUCAGACUCAGCAUUCACACCUGACUCGAGCCACAGUUCAACCUUUGGACCUGGGGUUUACCAUCACUCCAAAAUCCAUGACAGAGGUUGAACCUUCUACAGCCCUGAUGACUACAGCUCCUCCUCCAGGACACCCUGAGGUGACACUUCCACCUUCAGACAAGGGUCAGGCUCAGCAUUCACACCUGACUCAAGCCACCGUUCAACCUCUGGACCUGGAGCUUACCAUAACUACAAAACCUACUACAGAGGUUAAACCGUCUCCAACCACGGAGGAGACCUCAACUCAGCCUCCAGACCUAGGGCUUGCCAUAACUCCAGAGCCCACUACAGAGAUUGGACAUUCUACAGCCCUGGAGAAGACUACAGCUCCUCAUCCAGAUCAGCUUCAGACUCUGCAUCGAAAACUGACUGAAGUCACAGGUCCACCUGCUGAGCUAGAACCUACUCAGGAUUCACUGGUGCAGUCUGAAAGUUACAUCCAAGAUAAGGCUUUAGCUGCACCAGAGGAACACAAGGCCUCCACAAGCACCAACAUAUGUGAGCUCUGUACCUGCAGAGAUGAGAUGUUGUCAUGUAUUGAUCUCAACCCAGAGCAGAGGCUCCGCCAAGUGCCUGUGCCAGAGCCCAACACCCACAAUGGCACCUUCACCAUCUUAAAUUUCCAAGGAAACUAUAUUUCUUACAUUGAUGUAAAUGUAUGGAAAGCAUACAGUUGGACCGAGAAACUAAUUCUCAGAGAAAAUACCUUGACUGAAUUACACAAGGAUUCAUUUGAAGGCCUGCUAUCCCUCCAGUAUUUAGAUUUAUCCUGCAAUAAAAUACAGUCUAUUGAAAGACAUACAUUUGAACCACUACCAUUUUUGAAGUUUAUAAAUCUUAGUUGCAAUGUAAUUACAGAACUCAGCUUUGGAACAUUUCAGGCCUGGCACGGAAUGCAGUUUUUACAUAAGUUAAUUCUCAAUCACAAUCCUCUGACAACUGUUGAAGAUCCGUAUCUCUUUAAAUUGCCAGCAUUAAAAUAUCUAGACAUGGGAACAACGCUAGUCCCACUUACAACACUUAAGAACAUUCUCAUGAUGACUGUUGAACUGGAAAAACUGAUCUUACCUAGCCAUAUGGCCUGCUGCCUCUGCCAAUUUAAAAACAGCAUUGAGGCUGUCUGCAAGACAGUCAAGCUGCAUUGCAACAGUGCAUGUCUGACAAACACCACACACUGUCCUGAAGAAGCAUCUGUAGGGAAUCCAGAAGAAGCGUUCAUGAAGGUGUUACAAGCCCGGAAGAAUUACACAAGCACUGAGCUGAUUGUUGAGCCGGAGGAGCCCUCAGACAGCAGUGGCAUCAACUUGUCAGCCUUUGGGAGUGAGCAGCUAGACACCAAUGACGAGAGUGAUGUUAGUACACUAAGUUACAUCUUGCCUUAUUUCUCAGCGGUAAACCUAGAUGUGAAAUCACUGUUAAUACCAGUCAUUAAACUGCCAACCACAGGAAACAGCCUGGCAAAGAUUGAAACUGUAGGCCAAAACCGGCAGAGAGUGAAUAGAGUCCUCAUGGGCCCAAGGAGCAUCCAGAAAAGGCACUUCAAAGAGGUAGGAAGGCAGAGCAUCAGGAGGGAACAGGGUGCCCAGGCAUCUGUGGAGAACGCUGCCGAAGAAAAAAGGCUCGGGAGUCCAGCCCCAAGGGAGCUGGAACAGCCUCACACACAGCAGGGGCCUGAGAAGUUAGCGGGAAAGGCCGUCUACAAGGUCAAAAAGAGUCCAAAGGUCAGAAAGAAAAGUUAUCUGAAUAGACUGAUGCUCGCAAACAGGCUUCCAUUCUCUGCAGCAAAGAGCCUCAUAAGUUCCCCUUCACAAGGGGCUUUUUCAUCCUUAGGAGACCUGAGUCCUCAAGAAAACCCUUUUCUGGAAGUAUCUGCUCCUUCAGAACAUUUUAUAGAAAACAGUAAUACAAAAGACACAAUUUCAAAGGCAAGAAAUGCCUUUGAAGAAAAUGUUCUUAUGGAAAACACUAACAUGCCAGAAGGAACCAUCUCUGAAAACACAAACUACAAUCAUCCUCCUGAGGCAGAUUCCGCUGGGACUGCAUUCAACUUAGGGCCAACUGUUAAACAAACUGAGACAAAAUGGGAAUACAACAACGUGGGCACUGACCUGUCCCCCGAGCCCAAAAGCUUCCAUUACCCAUUGCUCUCAUCCCCAGGUGAUCAGUUGGAAAUUCAGCUAACCCAGCAGCUACAGUCCCUUAUCCCCAACAACAAUGUGAGAAGGCUCAUUGCUCAUGUUAUCCGGACCUUGAAGAUGGACUGCUCUGGGGCCCAUGUGCAAGUGACCUGUGCCAAGCUCAUCUCCAGGACAGGCCACCUGAUGAAGCUUCUCAGUGGGCAGCAGGAAGUAAAGGCAUCCAACAUACAAUGGGAUACGGACCAAUGGAAGACUGAGAACUACAUUAAUGAGAGCACAGAAGCCCAGAGUGAACAGAAAGAGAAGUCGCUUGAGCUCACAAAAGAAGUUCCAGGAUAUGGCUAUACCACCAAACUCAUCGUGGCAUUAAUUCUGACUGGAAUACUAACUAUUUUGAUUAUACUUUUCUGCCUCAUUGUGAUGUGUUGUCACCGAAAAUCAUUACAAGAAGAUGAAGAAGGAUUCUCAAGGGGCAUUUUCAGAUUUCUGCCACAGAGGAGAUGCUCUUCGCAAAGGGAGAGUCAGGAUGAACUUUUCUUAUUCCGACAGCCGCUCUGGCUGAAAGAUAUGUAUAAACCUCUCAGUGCCACAAGAUUAAAUAAUCACAUAUGGAAGCUGCACAAGAAGUCAUCUAAUGAGGACGAGAUCCUCAACAGGGACCCUGGGGACAGCGAAGCCCCCAGCGAGGAGGAGGAGAGUGAAGCCCUGCCAUAGGAGGAGAACCCAGCCCGCCUCAGGCCUCCUGCAAAAACACACAGCAUAAACAACGGCCAUCAUAAAAGCAGGACUGAAGCCAGUGGCCCACGCAUCCACAGAGGCAGUGGGCAGAGCAAGCACAGGGCCAUCAUUUCCUCCCUUGUUUCCCAGUCUAAUUAGUCACCCAGACCUGAAAACAUAUCCUCAGGGGGUGGAGAUUUUACAAUUACCAUUGUUUUUGGUGCCCUCUCCCUUGGUUCAUCAAGCACCAGUCAUAUACCACUUACUUGAACUCCUGCCCACAGGGGACCUCCCGUCUCCUGGCCCCUAUCAUAGGAUCACUGGGCCUACCUGCACUGUGGGGCUAAGCCCUGUCUUUUUCCCAAGCCCUCAAGCACACGCAUGAAUGUUCAUCCAGACUUGGUAGGGGGCUUUUCACCCUUACAAGAUGGCAAAAGAUUCACAUUGCUUUUUUUAAAAUUUGUUUUUCUUUUUAAAUAUCCCAACCGUUGGAUAGCAGGGAGGUGCUGGAGGGGUAGGGUCAAGAAGAGUGUAUGAGAACAGUAAUUUCCCAAGACUGCCCUCUGCGGGACUGUAUUUCAGAAAACAUACUGGUGGGGCUACCUCUCCAUUCACAUGUACUGCCCUAGCCUCUCCCCAUCCCCGGCUGAUGCACUUCCAUAUCUGCACUGUUCCAUAACAGCAGUAGCAUGUUGCAGAAGGCGCAAGGAUUCCUCCACUCCAUCUUCAAAGAAAAAGUCGCUAAUAAAUCACAUUUGGUAUGUUA